AUGGCAGCGAACACCAGAUACGAGCCUGCUCCGCAGCGCGACUCCUUCGAGGAGCGCGCCUAUCCUCAACCCCCGCCGUCUUAUCAGGCAACGGCCGACUACUCGCAAGCAGCGCCACGCAGCGAGGACGACAAUGUUCCUGAUGAUUUCAAGUUCGGCGGCACCGUCGCGGAGGGCACCUUGCCCAUCCGUAUGCAGUUCAUCCGGAAGGUCUAUUCCAUCUUAACGGCCCAACUCCUCCUCACCACCAUCCUCAGCUCCAUCUCCUUCUUCUCCCCCAGCUACCGCCUCUGGAUCCAAUCCAACUUCUGGCUCAUGAUGGUCUCCGUCUUCGGCGCCCUAGGCUUCAUGCUCGUCACCUACUGGAAGCGCAAAUCCUACCCGGCCAACCUCCUCUUCCUAUCCGGAUUCACCCUCCUCGAAGCUUACUCCAUCAGCGUCGUAACCUCCUUCUACGAUGCCCGGCUCGUCAUCCAAGCCCUCAUCCUCACUCUCGGUCUCUUCGUCGCUCUCACCCUCUUCGCCUGCCAGACCAAGUACGACUUCACUAACUGGAUGCCCUACCUCUUCGGUGGCCUGUGGUUCCUCAUCUUGUUUGGCUUCGUGGCUGUGUUUUUCCCUGCGAAUAGCACCGUCGAGCUGAUUUAUGGGGGCCUUGCGGCGUUGAUCUUCUCCGCGUAUAUUCUUGUUGAUACCCAGUUGGUGAUGAGGCAUUAUCAUGUUGAGGAGGAGAUUGCCGCGAGCAUUUCGCUGUAUUUGGAUAUCUUGAAUCUGUUUUUGGCGAUUUUGAGGAUUCUGAAUAGUCAGAAUAAUAACUAG